AUGGAGACCAUCCAAAACCACACUGGCCAAGUCAUGGCCUUAUGGAUCGGAAUCGUGAAGACCUACUCUCCGCAGAGAAUAGAGUUUCUGGGGACGCUCCUAGUCCAAGUUCUGUCAUUCUGGCUACCAUCAUUAUUUUAUCUGUGUCUAGAUGCCAUCGCACCAUCCUUCUCUCAAAGACAUAAGAUUCAACCGGCUCCGAAACAACCCACGAGGCGCGACAUCAUGCGCUGCUUCCUUGUCGUGACACAAAACCAGAUUCUGUCUUCUGUCUUGCAUCUCGGUCUUCUUUUCGUCUCGAGUAAAGCAGGAUCUCGCUCAUCCUAUCGCGUGGAGGCAUCUCUGCCCAGUGCAGCUGAGUUCGCGCGAGACUUUCUCAUCAGUAUUCUCAUGCGCGAGACGAUGUUCUAUUACAGUCACCGUUUGUUGCAUGUACCGUACUUUUAUCGGAAAAUCCACAAGAAGCAUCAUCGCUUCACAGCUCCGAUUGCGCUUGCCGCUCAGUUUGCCCAUCCCCUUGAGCAGAUUUUCGCCAACGCCUUGCCUAUCUCGUUGCCCCCGCAGCUUUUGAGAAGUCAUGUGUUGACAUUCUGGGCAUUUCUUGCCUGGGAACUGUUUAAUACUGCCACGGUACAUAGUGGGUAUGACUUCUUCGACAACAAGGCGAAAAUGCAUGAUUUGCAUCAUGAGAAGUUCAAUUUGAACUAUGGAUCGGUUGGAUUGUUGGAUUGGGUACAUGGGACGAACAAACUCGGCAAGCGACACUCUGAAUAA